UAAAUAUAAGCAGAUGUGUUAUAAACAUUAUUGCACUCGAUAUACCAAAAUACUCAGUCCUACCACUGUACAGCUAUACUAACACUUUUAUAUUCUGAACUUGCAGAUAUACGAGAAUGACACUGAGCUUAUAUCGACGCAAGUUAUGAAUUAACCAGAGUGCGUUCACUCACCUGAACAAUUACGCAACUUAUUCAGUUUAAGGCUUCCCGAAGUAGAUUGAAUAAAUAUAUCUAUAAAUGUUAGUUUCAUCAGAUAUCUGUUAAACAAGGUUAACAGUAAUUGAACUGUGCUUUCACCAACAAUUAUGUCUUAUAAAAAGCAUUAGUCAAGCUCAAAAGUUUUUGGAUUUCAGUUCGCAAAGCAACUUGUUGCAUUUAAUCACAAUAAAGAAAACUUAUCAAAAGGAAAUAUUCACACGGACUCCUUCGACUUCAAUCCACUGAUAACCUUUUUAUUUACCCACUAAUACGGGCUUUGGCGAUACUGACAGUCACCAACUGUUUAACGAAGCCACAUCCUUCCACAUUCCUCCGUAUACAUAAGGUCGAUAAUUAUCACAACCUUGAAUAACAGCAUCACAAUGAGUACAGGAGUCAGCAUUGCCUUGUUAAUUAUUCUAUUAUGCGGAAUCUGUUUAUAUGCGGCUUUACUGCUAGUUGAGAAGUUGAGGACCAUGUUUCUAGUCAACUAUCUUAUACUGGUAUUGGUGGUUGUUUUACUGUUCGUCGGUGUGGGAUAUCUGUAUAAUGGUGUAGUAUAUCUUGUUAUCUCAAUUGCUGUAACCCUUGCGAUCUCAGCGAUAAUAAUAUUUGCUUCCUGGAAUUUGAAUAAUCUGACAACGAAGGGAUUCAACGUAUUCGCCUCAGUAGCAGCUGUAUUUGCCUUCGUGGGAUUUGUUCUCCUAAUCAUCAAGGCGACAUCGGAAAGGAUAUUAUUCGCAAUUCUCGCGGGUGUAUUCCUGUGUUGUGCAGCAAGUCUUAUUUUGUUCUGUGUGGUUUGUGGACUCAGAAAACGUUUUCGAAAAACAAGAUCCAUGUUCGAGAAGCUGUUGGACCUUUUAAAUAUAUACGUAGCGGUUAUUUCAAUGUUCGCAGCAAUAUCAAUUUGCUUUGCUUGAGAAGGAAAGGAAGUCUUUAUGCAGAGUGUAUACUUUGCAUUCAUCUACAUCUUCUCUAAUAUGUAAUUUAUUCCUAUUCAUGUUAACAUAUUAUUCUUAUGUUGAUAAAGCAUUAAUAGAAUACGUUCAAACAUUGUCUACUCCAAUCGCCAAAAGAUCAGCAUGAAGAUCGUAGUUUAACGAAAAAUCAACGACUGAAAUGUGAUGGUAUAAAUAUAACAGCUAAUACCGAAACACUCUGAUCAUUUGUAGUGUUUGGAUGAAGAAUCGAGAAGUUUGUAUUAAUGCCUUCGCACUUAUCUACAGUAACAUACUGGCAGAAAAAUUACCUCGUAAUAUGCAUGUAAUAGAUUAGAAGUGCUCUAAAAUUUUUAAACACCGUAACCUAAAUGUCACGAAUUCGUAUGUUUAAGCGAAACGUAGACGUGAUCAGUCGAAGCUGGUGGAAUGUGUGCUCUCUCUGUUUACGUCCAUGUCAAACUACAACACACUUGCAUAUUGUGCGAUGUGUCGAUUAGUCAAAGAUUUCUGACAAAUAGUUAUCAACUAAACCAUACACCGUUUCAUUUCUCAGUUUCAACAAACGCACACAGUGAUUUCGUUAUGAUUACCAUUUCUAGCAAUAAAACAUACUGCCAAUCAGAACAUUAGUUCUUGUAAACUGAAUUCCUCUUAUGUUCUUUCAAUGUUUUCUGUUUUACUCUGUUGAGUAUUGAGUAAAGCGCUUGUUUCAGUUUGAGAUCUGUAUUUACUCCGAUUGAAUUCAGUAUUCUGGCCAUUAUUCUUCAACUAUACAUCAAAGAAUAAUGACAAAAUGGUCAGUUUCGAUAUAAAUGAUCUUCAGACUAACAUAUCCAUCAACAUGGUGUUGAAAGCGGUUUGAAGAGAAAGAAAUUCUCAUCGCGAACUUAGAAGUAGUACAAAGCUUCCCAUUGCGAAAUUUAUUUUAGGAAUUCAGUUAUGCCUCACAUUUACUGAUUUUAAAUUCCAUGACAUAUAUAUUCCAUAAUAUAAAAACAAACAGAUGGUGUAGCAAUGAGAUCAGCAAUAUCUCCUAUCCUAGUAGAUAUCUUUAAGGAUAGCUGGGAACGUAUGGCUCUUAAUACACUUCAGCCUACUCCAAAAAUAUGGUGAAGGUAUGAAGAUGGCACUUUCACAUUGUCAUGAGCAGAACAUAACUCUGUGGUGAGAGUAGCCUGCUAGCCAAUUGGUUGACAUUAAUCUACUCCAGUGUCUAGGUCACUUAUAUGGGCCGUGAGAAAAUAUGAACAAGGCUGUUUCAACAACCAAUCACACCAAACUUAAACGUGGGCAAAUAUGAUUCGCAGAUUGAUGGCUCCACUUUCCGAGGAACUCGAAAACAAGCAAUCAGAAGACCUCGUUUGUCUACUUGACUAGGCUGUAAUAAUGUAUGUGAAAUUUAUAUAAAUACGUGUUGAUUUCGUAAUAAAACGAUCUGUUGCCUGGCCCUUGUCUUCUGUUGUUAUACCUCCAGUUUCUUCACACAUUAACUCGCU